AUGGGCUUAUUCAAUUCAUUACAUAGCACAUUUACCUCAUAUAAAGUACCGAAAAUGAAGCUCAACGACGAUGCUUGUCAUACGGCUAAAGAUUUACAAUGUCAGCAGAAAAGAAAAAAGAAAAGAUGUGAAAGGGACUCUCAAAGUAUCUUCAGAGCUUGUUGUUUUAUUUUCGAGCCACUUAUCUCCAGCUUUACGUGCCGGAUAUUUUGUGUUACAAGAAAUGUGUAUCAUAAGUUUCCAGAAAAUGCCACUGACCCUACGCCUACGAAUAAAACUCCCCCGACAUCCAUAUGUUCAAUAGGAAAAAUAUUGAGUUAUGGAUAA